AUGUAUUUCAACAUAAAGAAUGAGAGUAACCAUUCAGAAAAAUCAAUAAAUUUAACCGAUAGUGUAAAAAAAGGUACCGAAUACUUUCAAGACGAUAUUUACUCCCCUCCCUAUGCGCAAGUUCUUUGUCAUUGUAUCUCUGUCUAUAUAUGUAUUAACCAAUCCAUUUUGAACAAGGUACCCAGAGAAAUGAUUUUCAAAUUUUCAACAUACGAAAACUUUUUCUGUUUCUCUAAUGUCAAUGUUAAACCUGUUUCGUUUUUUUUCUGU